AUGGCCAAGAAGAACCUCACCUUAGUGACCGAAUUCCUCCUCAUCGCCUUCACUGACUGUCCUGAAUGGACGCUCCCUCUCUUCCUCAUGUUUCUAAUCAUCUAUCUCUUCACCUUGUUGGGAAACCUGGGCAUGAUCAUCCUGAUCUGCACAGAUUUCCGGCUUCAGACUCCAAUGUACUUCUUUCUGAGUCACCUCUCCUUCAUGGACAUCUGCUACUCCUCUGUCACUGUGCCCCAGAUGAUGGCUGUGCUGUUGGAACAUGGGGCAGCUCUAGCCUACACACGCUGUGCAACUCAAUUCUUCCUCUUCACUUUCUUUGGUUCCAUCGACUGCUUCCUCCUGGCUCUCAUGGCCUAUGACCGCUAUGUGGCCGUGUGCCAGCCCCUGCUCUAUGUCACCAUCGUGACACACAAGGCCCGCUGGAGUUUUGUGGCUGGAGCUUACGUGGCUGGUUUCUUCAGUGCCUUGGUACGGACCAUCUCUGCGUUUUCUCUCACUUUCUGUGGAACCAAUGAGAUUGACUUCCUUUUCUGUGACCUCCCUCCCCUUCUAAAGCUGACCUGUGGAGACAGCUACGUUCAGGAAAUGGUGAUUAUUGUGUUUACCAUUUUUGUCAUCCCUGUUUGCAUGGUGGUCAUCUUGGUGUCCUACUUCUUUAUCAUUGUGGCCAUUUUGAAGGUCCCCUCAACUGGAGGCCGGGCCAAGACCUUCUCUACCUGUGUCUCCCACCUCACGGCUGUGUCGCUCUUCUUUGGCACCCUCAUCUUCAUGUAUCUGAGAGAUAACUCAGGCCAGUCCUCACAUAAGGACCGGAUGGUAUCUGUCUUCUACACGACAGUCAUUCCCAUGUUGAACCCUCUCAUCUAUAGCUUGAGGAACAAGGAAGUAAAAGAAGCAGUGAAGAAAAUCCUCAACAGAAUCAAGUUGUCCUAA